GGACAAGCUUGAGGUCACGAUCAUGAAGAUUAUUUUAUUAUGAAUAGUAGAGAUUUUGUUGCGUAGAAUAUCAUUAUUAACUGUUUUGAAUUUGAAUGAAGUUGGAAGGUGUAUGAGCAGUGGAGGAGUCCGAUAAAACUGUCAAUAUGGUUCGAGCUUGGUACAUGGACGAUGAUGAGACAGAUCAAAGGAAAGAACAUCAUAGAAAUCCACCUCGGUUUCUAUCUCUUGAGGAAGUUUUUAAUCUUUCUGGAGUGGAAUAUUUCAAGAUAAAUUUGGACACUAUCAACUCUGAUGGAGUCCUGGACAAAUUGAAAAAGGAUAGGGGUUACACAUAUGAGGAUGAAAUGGUUUGCUCAGAGAAAUGCCUGCAGAAUUACCAGGAAAAACUGAAAAUUUUUUACACUGAACAUUUGCACACUGAUGAAGAAAUCAGACUUGUCACAGAUGGCUCUGGAUAUUUUGAUGUGAGAGACAAAAAUGAUGAAUGGAUCAGGAUUGAAGUAGUCCGUGGAGAUCUUCUGAUUUUACCUAGUGGAAUCUAUCACAGAUUCACUUUAGAUGAGAAGAAUUAUAUAAAAGCAAGAAGAUUCUUCAUCGGGGAACCAGUUUGGACACCUCAUAACAGACCAUGCGAUAAUAUGGAAUGCAGAAAAAAAUAUGUUGAAAGCAUCAAUUCUGGUAGUUAUGUGAAUGUGGUGUAGUGAUAAAUAAUUGUAUGUUUAUAUCCUGGAUAUAUAUUAUUACCUAACUAUUCAGGGUACCUUUCGUUGCCAUGAAUAUUGAAAAACAACAAAUGUAUAUUUUAUUUGACGUCACAGCAGAACAAUAAAAUAUAUUGAAUCCUAU